AUGGAGGCUCCAAUGAAAUUCAUUUGCAUUCUGGGAUUGGUUGCAGUUAUAUGUACUAGCUGCCUUGAAAGGGUUGAUGGGGCUAGCGCAUGUGGAAAAGCUAGCCCAGAUGAUGAGGCCAUCAAGCUUGCUCCUUGUGCAAGUGCUGCACAAGAUGCAAACGCUCCUGUUUCCAGUGGCUGCUGCCAGCAGGUGAAGAGAUUGGGCCAAAACCCUAGCUGCCUCUGUGCUGUUCUGCUCUCUGACACUGCCAAGAACUCUGGUGUGAAGGCUGAGGUUGCCAUUACCAUUCCCAAACGCUGCAACUUUGCCAACCGCCCUGUUGGCUACAAAUGUGGACGUAACUUACACACUGCCAUGAGUGGACAUGAAGAGAAGGUGAAGGCUACUAGCAUCAGUAAAUAG